GUCAAAAGGUAUUGCUCAUUCGCCCACCUCUACUUGAAAAAAACAAGGCCUAGCAAACGUAUUAAUACACACGAAUUCCCUGGAAUAUUAGUUUAAAAAUAACUAAAUUUUUAAAUUCCACCCACAUAUUUUCUCACCCAUAUUCAGGCUUGCGUUUUGUAUACGAAAUUAGAACUAAGAGUAAUCAAUAUAAGUGUGUGUUUUGCACAAUAGGGCCAAGUUGAAAGUGAAGCAAAAACUCGGAAAAAGAAGUAGAAGCAAAGGGAGAUAACGUCGAACUACCGGAGCAGCCAAAAUGUCGGACGUACAAAUGGACAGUGCGCUUGAUCUGAUGCGCCGCCUGCCACCCCAACAAAUUGAAAAGAAUCUUAUUGAUUUAAUUGACUUGGCGCCGGAGCUAUGCGAAGACUUGCUUUCAUCGGUGGAUCAGCCACUGAAAAUCGCAAAAGAUAAGGAAUAUAACAAAGAUUACCUCCUGUGCGAUUACAACCGCGAUGGUGAUUCUUACCGAUCACCAUGGUCAAACACUUACUACCCGCCUUUAGAGGACGGUCAAAUGCCGUCCGAUCGAUUGCGUAAAUUAGAGGUUGAGGCAAACUAUGCUUUUGAUCAAUACCGUGAGAUGUAUUACGAAGGUGGCGUAUCCUCGGUAUACCUGUGGGACUUGGAGCACGGAUUCGCAGCGGUAGUGCUGAUUAAAAAAGCAGGCGAUGGUAAUAAAAAAAUACGUGGAUGCUGGGACUCCAUUCACGUCGUUGAGGUGCAGGAGAAGCCUACGGGGCGAACGGCACAUUACAAACUAACCUCCACAGCUAUGCUGUGGCUGCAAACAAACAAACAAGGUUCAGGCACAAUGAACUUGGGUGGCUCGUUGACACGUCAAACGGAACAAGACGCCAAUGUGAGUGAAUCGUCGCCACAUAUUGUAAACAUUGGCAAAAUGGUAGAAGAGAUGGAGAAUAAAAUACGUAACACGCUUAAUGAAAUAUACUUUGGCAAGACGAAGGAUAUUAUAAAUGGGUUGCGAAGUGUUCAGCCGCUAGCCGAUCAACGACAAGAGGUAGCCAUGAAGCAGGAUUUGGCUGCGGCGAUCCUAAAACGUAACGUAAAACCAGAAUCGAACUGAAUCGCAUGUGUAGUGGGGGAAUAUGCCUGUGGCAUUGUAGACGUAGUUUGAGUUGCAAACGGCGAGAAACGGCAGCAAUAGUACGGGGCGGGAAGGAAUUAAUAAUGAAGCGUUGUAAAAGAAGUUGUACCAGCAGGUAUAGAGUGCUUGGUUGGCAUGGUCUACAUACAAACACGUAGAUGCCAUUCUUUUAAUUACAAAUAACAAUAAAAUUAUACAACACAAGCAAGGAACAAAAGAACAAAAUCUAUGCAAUUAUAUAAAAAUUCUAUAAAAUAAACCAAACCAAGUUUUGAAGACCUAAUAUGGAUAAGAAAGAGUAAUGAACAGACAGCACGCGCACGCAACUAAAGCGCUUAGUUUAAAAGGUGGUUGCUUACGUUUAAGAUAUGACAACAAAUAAAUACCAAUCUACAAACUGAUUCACAAAUUUUUCUAUUGCAUAAUAUACCUUUACGAUUUCCCUCUUGCAUGCAUGUAUUCAUAUAUUUAUAGGUAUGUGGGAUCACAUUUUUAAAUGUGGCAUUUAUUUGCGUGUGCAUACUGUUAAAAAUCAAAACAAAAAUAAUAAUAAUAAUAAAUAACCGCAUCGAAAUAUAAUGGAAAAAGUAACAUUAACACAUAAGCUAAAGCAUUUGCAUUAUUGUUCAGUAGUGGUGAUUUUUUAGUAAACAAUUUAAAUGUAGCAAUUGUUAAACUUGUUGAAAUAAUUUGAAAAAAAAAGAAACAAAAAUGCAUUAAACAAAAAGGGAAUGCAGCAAAGUUUGAGGGCGAGCUAUGUAAUUAUUAGAGAAUAUACAUUGAUGUAUCUUAGUUACCAGGCAAAACAUUUAAUUUAGACGUACAUAGAUAUCCCAUGAAAAGAAUCAAUAUGUAUUAUAAAGCGCCACAAUCUGAUUGUCAUUUAGCUACUAACAAGAAAAAUACGGAACUAAACAAAAGCACUUCUUGUCAUUUGUUUUGAGCGCCCUCCCCGCCCUACGCAUUCGUGAACGCCUGUGUUGUAUCGUUUAUUCUUUCUCUUAUUAUAAUUACUUUUUUCUCUGUCUACGAUGGUAAAUAUACAUGCAUACACAUAUACAAUAAAUAUUUAAGUUACUGUGGAUAUGUGUGGAGCUCUAAUCCACUGUUAAUUUCUAAAUAAUUUUAAUUAAUAUAUUUACAUACAUAAAAUAAAGAAAAAAAUAAAAAUAAAAACCAAACAUCUGAUUUGUGUAUUUACCAUGAUAAGUUUAUGCAUUAGCGGCAAUAAAAUAAACUCUAUUUCUACAAACUAUUAUAAAUAUAACUACAUACAUAUACAUACAUAGUUUGCUUUAUUACGAGCCUGUAUUAAAAAAAGAAUUACUUUAACGAAUGUCUACAUAGUUUCGAGCGUAUUAAUUUGUAUAUGAUUUAAUUAAAAACCGCAAAACAAAUGUGCAAAAUUUUAUACAAGACACUAAUAAAACAAUCAAAAAAUUAAA